ACUAGAGAUCAAGUAGAACGAAUUGUUGACCAAUAUUUGAAUAGCAAAGCACCCAAGUUUAGAACGAAGGCCUUAAUUACGUAUCGGUUAGCUGAGGAAAUAAAGCAAGUAUUAUCAAGUACUUCUCCUUAUUGUGAGAUCGGUACUGCCAGUUUCCGUCACUGGGCUAGAACUAGAUUUCUAUUUAACGAACAAUAUGAAUUGUGCUUCAAGAAUGUCAAAUCUACGAGCAACGAUAAUAGUAUAUCCUUGAUAGGCAAGCCCGUUGGAUUAAAAGAAGAUCUGUACGAGAUAUUAACAACAGCCCAUCAAAAUUGUCAUCAUAGAGGCAGAGAUGUCACCUAUGAGCAGGUCAAAAAACGUCACUCACUUGUUCCAAAGCAGCUUUGUGACAUGGUUGUCAAAGCUUGUUCCUAUUGUAAU